AUGGUAGCAGAGACCAAGCUCUACGAUGCACUCUCCGUCUCUCCCACUGCUACUCAAGAUGAAAUCAAGAAAGCAUACCGGAAAGCAGCCUUGAAGUGGCAUCCCGACAAGAACAAGGACAACCCGAAUGCCUCAGAAAAAUUCAAGGAGGUGUCUCAAGCAUAUGAAGUGCUCUCGGAUCCGGAGAAGAGGAAGGUUUACGAUCAAUAUGGAUUAGAAUUCCUUCUAAGAGGAGGUCAAGCUCCACCGCCUGGUGCUGAAGGUGGCAUGCCUGGAGGAGGAGGAGGCUUCCCCGGAGGCAUGCCAGGUGGCUUCAGUUUCGGCGGAAUGCCAGGCGGCGCCGGCGGUGGUGGUGGUGGAGCGAGGACCUUCCACUUCAGCACCAACGGAAAUUCAGGGUUCAGCUUUUCCGAUCCUAACGACAUCUUCUCCAAUUUCAGCCGCAGCGGCGGGCUAGGCGGAGAUGACGACGAUAUUUUCAACAUCCUGGGUGGUGCCUUUGGCGGCGGUGGAAGAGGGGGCGGUGGUCCCAGAAGGAGCGGAGGUGGUUUCGGUCAAAGACCACAACCUCAACCCAGACCACAGACCCCCGAGGUCAGUGUCGUCGAACGGCAGCUACCUGUCAGCCUAGAAGAUUUGUACAAGGGCACGCACAAGAAGAUGAAGAUCAAGAGAAAGACGUACAACCCCCAGGGACAGCGAACCACAGAGGACAAGAUAUUGGAAAUGGACAUCAAGCCUGGUUUGAAGGCCGGCUCCAAGAUAAAAUUCUCCGGUGUCGGCGAUCAGGAGGAGGGCGGCAGCCAGGAUUUGCAUUUCAUUGUCUCCGAAAAACCACAUCCCACACUGACUCGCGAGGGUGACAACUUGAGGACGACCAUUGAAUUAGACUUGAAGGAAGCCCUGACCGGGUGGCAGAGGACUGUGACGACAAUUGACGGGAAGCAAUUGAAGGUCUCGGGUGCUGGACCGACCCCACCUGGAUAUGAAGAGAAGUUCCCAGGCCUGGGCAUGCCUAACAGCAAGAAGCCCGGCGAGAGAGGCGACUUCAUUGUGGAGGUGAAAGUCAACUUUCCCAAGACGUUAACUGCAGCUCAGAAGGCCAAGAUCAAGGAGGCUCUUUCUUGA